GAAUCACAGUCCAACAGGGAUCGCAACUAUUAUCCUGCUUCUCGCAUUCAUCUUCCUCUCCAUUCUCUUUCCUUCGUUUGGGUGAGUUCCAUUUUCAAUUUUCAAAACCUUUACGCUAUACUUGCUGUCUGUACAUUUCCCUUCCAAAAUUGCUCAACUGGGUUUUUCUUACAACCUUCAGACUGCGACAUCAGAGACAGUUCAGAUCUUGGAUUCAUCAAUUGGUCCGACGUCUCUGGUAGUCUCUCUAUCGUCAACUUCUAAGUCUCAAAUUCUUUGAAAGAUGGAAAAUCUUUAAGGUUUUCUGGGAUUCAGUCACGUACAAUUGGCAAUGUAACUUUUGAAGAUAUAUGGUUCUCUUUAGGCUGUGCUGGCUCAAAUGGCAGAGAUUGUAAUAUCAGUUUUUGCCAAAGUUGCUGAAUAUUUGGUAGAUCCAGUGGUACGUCAAGGGAAAUAUUUGUUCUGUGCUGGCAAAAUCACAAAAACUCUUGAAACAGAGAAGCAAAAUCUUGAAUCAGCUCAAUACAAAGUGCAGAAUCGUUGCCAAGAAGCAAUGGUUAAAGCUGAAAGAAUUAAUGAUGCCGUUGAGAAUUGGUUAGGUGAAGUGAAAAUUCAUAUGGAUGAGGUGCAAAACUUGGAACAACAAAUGAAAGAAAACAACAAUUGCUUUCAUGGGAGGUGUACUAGCUAUUGGAAGAGAUAUUGUUUGGGCAAAACAGAUCGCAAAGAAGAUAGAAAACACAAAACAACUUGUUGAAAGGAAUAAUUUUGAUCCCUUUUCUGUCCCUGGCGAAAUUCCAGAUAUAGAGUAUUUUUCUUCUAGAAAUUUUGUGUAUUUCCAGUCUACAAAGUUGGCUUCAGAUGAACUUUUGGCAGGUCUCCAAGAUGACGGUACCCACAUGAUUGGAUUGUAUGGAAUGGGAGGCUCCGGCAAAACAACCUUGGUUAAAGAGGUUGGCAAAGAGGCCAAAAAAUCAAAGCUCUUUGAUCGAGUCAUACUUGCUACCAUCUCCCAAAAUCCAGAUAAUAAAAGGAUUCAAGAUGAAAUUGCAGACAUGUUAGAUUUGGAAUUGAAAGAACAAAGUGAAGCUGGAAGAGCAAGACGUUUGUCAAUGAGAUUGAGUAGUGGGGAAAGGAUACUCAUGAUAUUAGAUGAUGUGUGGGCUAAGAUUGAUUUAAAGGAUAUUGGUAUUCCUUUUGAAGAUUAUCAUGUGGGCUGCAAGGUCCUUCUUACUACUCGACGUCAGCGAGUAUGCAUUUUGAUGAAUUGUGAGAGGAAGAUUCCAUUGCAUCUCUUAGCUGAAGAGGAAUCUUGGACAUUGCUCAAAAAGCAUGCUCGUAUUGUAGACAAAUCAUUACAUGGUGUGGCACAAGAAAUUGUUGGGGAAUGUAAAGGGCUUCCUAUUGCAAUUCAAGCUGUAGGAGCCUCUUUGAAAGAAAAGUUUAUAGAAGAAUGGAAUGAAGCACUGGCAAGAUUGAGGUUUUCAAAACCAAUUGAUGAGGAACCAGGUGUUAGAGAUGCCUUUUCUUGUCUUAAGUUGAGCUAUGAUUAUUUGAAGAGCCAUGAAGCCAAGUCACUCUUUUUGAUGUGCUCCAUGUAUCCAGAAGAUGCAGAUAUCUUUGUUGAAGAUUUGUUUAGAAUUGCAAUUGGUUUAGGCAUGUGUGAAGAAUUGCGUUCACUUGAAGAGGUGAGAAAUAAAGUGAAUGCAUGUAUAAAUAAUCUUGUAGAUUCUUGUUUGCUAAUGUGGUCUGAGAGAAAGAAAGACCACUCGAGAAUGCAUGACAUAAUUCGAGAUGUAGCAUUGUGGAUAUCAUUCCAAGAAAAUCGCACUAUUCUAGUGAAUCUUGAGAAGGAUAUGAAGGUGGAAAUUAUAAAUGAAUCGAUAAAAGAUUGUUAUGCAUUCACUUCUUGGUGUAAUCAAACAUCUCAAUUUCCUCAAAUAUUAGAUGCUCCAAAACUUGAGAUUUUGUUGUUUAACAACAUAGGUGCAUGUGAAUUAUCAGAAGCAAAUUUUAGAGGUAUGGCAUCACUCAAGGUAAUGCAAAUCAACUCUAGAUAUCAUGAAGCAGUGGACUUCUCAUCACUAUCGUACUCUAUGAAUUUGCUAACUAAUCUACAAACUUUGCGCUUGCAAUGUUGUCGAUUAGGUGAUGAUUUGUCAUGGGUGUUAGGCCUCAAAAGACUUGAAGUUCUUGACUUGAAAGAAAGUUCAUUUAAGGAACUUCCACAAGGAUUAGAAGAGUUGAGAAAAUUGAAGUUGUUGGUUUUGUCUUGGAUCAACGAGCAAAGUUUUAAGAUAGUGGAGAGAUGCACACAUCUGGAAGAGUUAUAUGCUUCACAAAUCCGACUAAGUAGAACAACUUUAAAACUUGGUGGAUGUUAUUCCAAAAAUGCCACUUUUCCCAUAUUACGGAGAUAUGAACUUGAAAUUGGGAACUAUCAUGAAAUUCAUAGGCAACAUUCUAAAGCCUUAACGGGUUGUCACUCUAAGGUUUUGUCCUUGGGAGAAUUAAAAAUCUUUGCUUUAACUCCAUUUAUUAUGGAUCUUUUACAACGAGCUGAAGCUGUUUGUUUAAAUAAACUUGAUGGAGGUUUCAAAAAUAUCGUUCCAGACAUCGUUCAGGGUGUUCGAAGGAUGAAUGAGUUGAUUAGCUUGUGGCUUCAUUCUUUUUCAAAUUUAGAAUGUGUUGUUGAUGCAACUUCUCAUAUUGUUGAUUUGUUUCAAGCAGAAACUUUGUUUCCAAAGCUAAUUAAGUUAAGGUUGGAGUCUUUGAGCAAUUUGAAAAAAGUUUGCUGCGGUCCACCUUUGCUUCUCUUCUUCGAGAAAUUGCAAGAAUUGCAUGUAUCUCAUUGUCCUAUGUUAACAUCACUCUUCCCAAAGUGUGUUGCCAGAGCUGUGUUGGCGUUACAGAAGCUAACUGUAGAAAGUUGUGGUGAAUUGAAGAAUAUAAUAGAUGAGGAUGGUGAUGGUACUAUCAAUCAAAUAAUUUCAGCUUCAAACAAUUCACAUUCGGCGUUCUCACAAUUGAAAAGUUUGACCAUCCUUGAUUGUCAUAAGUUAGAAUAUGUAUUCUCAAACUCUUGUGCUCAAGGCCUUGUGCAGUUAGAGGAGGUGUGCAUUCAGGGGGCUUCUCAACUAAAAUAUGCUUUUGGCCAACAUGAAGAUGAACAUCAAGAGUUUCAGAUAGAGCUUCCUAUUCUGAAAUCACUUGAACUUCAUGGCUUGAAAAAUUUGAUUAGCAUUUUCCCAAAAAACUAUCUUUCGAGUUGCCCAUGUUUGAGGAAAUUGCGUUGGGUGAGAUGUCCAAAAUUCAGAGCUUCAUGUGUUAACAUUAUGGUUGGUUCAAAUAUAAAUAUGGACAACCAGUUAUACAGCAAGGUUUCAGCUCCAUUAUCGUUUCUAAAGUUAGAGAAACUUGAGGUUAAGGGUUGUAGUGUUGAAGACAUUCUAUUUCCACUUGAAAGGGAUGUUUUUACUGAAACGAAUUCCCAAAACAACUUGAUCUCACCCUUAGGCACUCUGAGAUUGGAUAAUAUGCCAGAGCUAAAGUUUGUUUGGAGUGGUCCAAUGGGAACAGUGAGCCUCCAAAAUCUUAGAGUAUUUACAGUGAGUGGGUGCAACAAUUUGAAGAUGAUUUUCUCCCCUGUAAUUCUUAAAAGUAUACAACUAUUGGAGCGUCUUGAAAUAUCAGAUUGCAAUGAAUUGGAGGAAAUAAUGUGCGGUAUAGACGUAGGAGAUCAACAACAAGGCCCAAUGGACGCUCAAUCCGUGCAAGUAUUCUUUCCAAAUCUGAGAGAGCUUCAAGUUUGGAGAUGUAGCAAGCUCAAAUGCUUAUUUUCAAUAGCCAUAGAUUGGAACAAUCAUUUAAAGAAUGUGUUACCCAACUUGAAAUCCUUAACUUUGGAACAAGUGCCAAGUCUCCAGGAUUUUUGCUACAGUUUAUCCUUUUCCAACAAUCACCUUUUCCAGCUGUUGGGUUCAAAACUAGAACGCUUGUGGUUAGGAAGUGAGCCUGAGCUAUGGGUGACAUGGAGAGCUCCUUUACAGAUUUCGAACUUUGUCCAUCUUCAAGACCUUAGACUGAGUGAAUGUAAGGAAUUGAAAUCUCUAUUUGGUGAGGGCUUCCACGGAAGAAGCCUACCAAUGUUACAAUAUCUUAGGAUAAGCAAGUGUGAGGAGUUGGAGGACAUUCUGAGAGCGGAUAAUGAAUUCCAAACAUGCUUUCCUAAAUUGGAUUACCUCAGAGUUGAGCAUUGCAACAAGCUCAAGUAUCUUUUCUCAAUCUCCUCUCUCACUCCAUUGCUUCCCCAUUUAGAGACAAUAUACAUAUCUGAAUGUGCAAAGUUAGAGGAGCUUUUUAGAUGCAGCAGUGAAGACACCAGUAACAAUGUCAAUGAAAUCGCGCUUCCAAACUUAACAUUCAUACAUCUAGUGAAAUUGCCAAGUCUUGUUGAUGUCUGCAAUGGGUUCAAGUUAUACGCUGUGAACCUUGAACAAAUUAGGAUGCAAGAAUGUCCAAAAUUUUCUUCAAUCAUGGGGGCAACUGGGAGCAUAGUCACUCAAAUAAAGAGAAAGGACGCAGAGCCUCGUGGGAACAACGACAGUCAAAUGCUUGAUCAACUCCCAUAUUUCUUCCCAGAAUAUUUGACUUUAAUGAAAUUAGGGUUACAAAAAUUAAGUGAGCUAAGCUUCAUAUGCAGGGCUUUCAGUACUCCCUCCCAAAAUUCAAGCUUCCAAUAUCUUAGAUUUUUAACAGUGCAUGGAUGUGGAAAACUGAAAUGCAUCUUCUCCUCCUCUGUUUGGGGAAGCCUUCAACAUCUGACACAGUUGGAAAUUAGAGAAUGUGAGGAAGUAGAGGAAAUCAUGCAAGAGUUGGAAGAAGCUCAGCAUGUAUCCCACAUUUCUUUCCCAAAAUUGCGGUGGAUAACAGUGGAGGGGUGCCACAAGUUGAAAUGCCUUUUCAGGACACCUACAAUUGCAAUGCUUCUUCCAGAACUAAGUCUCAUAGAGGUAUCAAAAGCUGCACAAAUGGAGGAGCUCUUUUCGCAUAAUUAUAAUGGUGAUGAAGACACUGUCACUACACAACAUAUUGUGUUUUCAAAUCUCUACUCGUUGAAACUUUCAAAAUUGCCAAGCCUCGCUCACUUCUGCAAAGGACUCAACUUAAAUGCUCCAUACCUUGUUGAUGUCCAGAUAAAUGAAUGCCCAAAAUUUGACUUUUCCUUUGAGGAACCCACUUCCAUAGAAAGCACAGCACCACGAAUCAUUUGAUGGAGAGCAUAUGAUAAGGGAAAGAGCAGAUGGCAGGAGCGAAAAGAAAGCAGUAAUUAUCAUAUGCAUGGGGAUGUUACUAGUUAGAAAGUUGUGUUUUUAUUGUAAAAAAACCUGGUGAUUUCAAAUUCUGAAAUUUUAAGCAAGGCCUGUAAAACAGUGUAUCUGGUAAUCCAAGUGGGGAAUUUUCGAGUGGUAUAGUGUGGAUGAUUAUGAAUGUGUGGAUCAUUGUUUUGGAUUGUAUUGACUGUGAUGAUAGAACUUAUAUUCCUUGUGAACAA